AUGACUUCACAGCCAAAUCUCUCCACCAAAUCCACAAGCAGACCUACAAUCUUGUAUGAUCUCUCAAGAGUGCGGGAAACCCAUAUUCAAAUUACCGCCAAGGAAGCAAGCGCGCUCCGUCGGACCCAACUCCUCCGCAGCACGCACACUCUCUCGCCGCCACCUUCUGGAACAUUCCCAAAAUCGUUCCUCAAAGGACACUCAACGGAUGGUCGACUCCUUUCGUCGUCUCCCCAACCACCAACUCGUCGUCCGGACAAUCAACAUCAUGUCAACGACACCAACAAAUACCAGCACGAGCACUUCGCUCCCUACCUUAGAGUAGCACCUCCUUGCCGUCUAAGGAGUGAGCAUUCUUUGGCUAUGGACACACAUCGCAUUAGAGUCUUCCUGUCCGGACUUAAAACGGAUAGGAAACCACCUCCUCCACGUUCGUCUACUCUCUUCGUCUUUUUCACACCACCAGCUACGGCAGAAAAGAAGAAACUUCGUCGACAUCAACACCAUACCAGCAGAAUCUACCGUCGCAGCAUUGAUGCUCCAGUGACUCUUGUGGAUCCUUGCUGCUUCACACGACUCCAGAAGUUUCUACGAAGGAAGGAAGAAAACAAAGGAGCGACGGAGGAAUACAAAAGAUUCGGAAGAGGGACACAGUUAACCGGAACUCCCAUCAGAAGAAUCAACAACUUCAAGAAGUACCAGCUUGAGUGA